GUACCUCCUCCACUUUCUAGGCACGGGAGGAAAUCCAAAUCCUUGAAUUCCAAGGGAGAAGCACAGGGAAGAGGAGAGAAAACACUGAACCAGAACCAGAGCCAAAGGGGGUUUUCAUCAAUGGCGUCUUCUCUGAACAAAUCAUCUCCAUACAAUAAAUAUGAGAUAAGGAAGAGAGACCCAGAUCCUAAAUCGUGUGCUCUUUUGGUCAUUGACAUGCAAAACUACUUUUCUUCCAUCGCCAAGCCCAUCCUUUCCAAUCUCUCAACCACAAUCCGUCUCUGCCGGAACGCCUCCAUUCCCGUCAUCUUCACGCGCCACUGCCACAAGUCCCCCGCCGACUACGGCAUGCUUGGUGAGUGGAGGAACGGCGACCUCAUCUUCGACGGCACACCGGAGGCGGAGCUUAUACCGACGCUCGAUCGGAAGCCGGAGGACAUGGUGGUGGAGAAGAACACCUACAGCGCGUUUAGGAAUACUCGUUUGGAGGAGAAGCUUGUGGAGAUGGGGAUAAAGGAAGUGAUUGUGACGGGGGUGAUGACGAACCUGUGCUGCGAGACGACGGCGCGUGAGGCUUUCGUGAGAGGGUUUAGGGUUUUCUUCUCAGCGGAUGCCACGAUGACGUCGGAUUCGGAGCUCCAUGAGGCCACUUUGAAGAACAUGGCUUAUGGGUUUGCUUAUUUUCUCGAUUGUCAGAGGCUUCGAGACGCUCUCUCUGUAAAAUAAACCUUCUAGGCGUUUCUGAGUUGAUGAUCAAAAUUGAAGAGGAAGCAUAUACCUUAACUGAAUUUCAAGCUCUGUCUGGUGGGAAAAAGUGGUACUUGUAUAAUUAGCAUUAAAACAUAUUUUGCCCAGGGCUUCUUAAUUCUUCUUCUCUGAAUUAAAUAAUGUGACAGUCUAAAAAAUGAGUAUGUCGUUUAUGGUUCAUGACUGGUAUGACUUGUUAAGUUUCUCUAUUAUACGUAAGUUUGUCCUAAAUGACUUAAACCUCUAUGAAUUUUGUUGAAACAUUGAUUCUUGCUCCUGCCAUGCGCCCAGAGGAUCUCAGUUCCUAUUUACAUUCAGGACUUGGGGUCUUCUGACGUUGCAGAGGAAUAUUUGUUGUAAAUUUUGGUAAAUACAUGUCAUCAAGUUUUCCCAUUAGCUAGAAUAACUACUUGUCAUGAUUUCAAGUUUAGGUUGGAAGGAUUUCAUGGCUAGGCAGUCAUUCAACUAUGCUCUGAAGUCAAGUGUCUCAAACAUAUUUGCAAUUCCAGCUUUUCCUCUAUUAUCCAUUGAAGUCAUUUUGUGAAAACAUUCUGUUGGCACAUUUCUAAUACUUUAGGCGAAUGUCAUAGGAUCUGCUAAAAUUUUGAAAUUAAUCAAGUGAAAGUUGUGUUUAUUUCUUAUCAACUUGGGCUGCAUCUUGUCAAACACCUAUCUUUGUUGUUUAACACAAUUUCGACAAGAAAUGCCAGUUUCUCUUGUUCUAUCGAUGUUCUGAUGUACAGCAGUAAUCCUGGUGUGACAAUACAUCAGAAAGGGAGGUUGAUUAAUUCACGCUGAAUCUGGAGAUUGAAUCUUUUCAUUUACAGCUUUUUACUUCAUUAUAAUCUGCUGAGUGGUAAUUCAGUAUUAUGUAUGGAUAAACCUUGAAAGGAACAGAAAGAUCUAGCAUGUACAUUGUAUUUUGGUAGGCAUUGUGCCUUGGCCCAAUGCUUCUUGUCUUCCUCUUGGUAUGUGCUUUUGUUCUCUUUGCUCUAGCUGCAAUGAAGUGCAACAUAGUAAUUGAUGUUUUGGUGUUAUUUUCCCUUGUUUGUAUAUAAGGUUAUGAACAUGAUCUAUGCAAUCACUAUCAAUUUAUGACAUUCCCUGUAUAGAUAAUGUCAAAUGAGCAGAUAAGCAGGAGAUCUGUCGUGCAUCCUAAUCAUAUCUGGUGUAAAGAUACUUUUCUAAAGGAAAAACACUGCUUUUAGUCCCUGUAUUUCAUUUGAGUUUUGUUAUUAGCUCAUUCACUUUUUUUUUUUCAGUGUUUUAGGUUUUUAUAUUUUUCUUCAUCUACAAUGUUGGUCCUAUAGUUUUAAAGAUGUUGGAGUGACAAAAAUGGUGUUAAGAUUAAUUAUGUGUCCAUGGCCAUUGUUAAGUUUGUGUUGAUGUGUUAAAGAGGUGUUGAAUUGGACUUUUUAAUGAGCAAAAUAAAAUUAAGAAAAUCCACAUUAGAUAAAAUAAAAAGUCCUUGGAUGCCCUAAUAUAUACUGAGGCUAAUCGUUUAAGUUGAGCUUCUUUUUUUUUUUUUAUCUGACGUGGUUUUUUUUUUAUUUUGCCUAUUAUAAAGUUCAACUUAGUAUCUGCUUAACACAUAACAUGAACUCAAUAGUGUUCAUGGACACAUUAUCAAUCUUAACAUCAUUUGUAUUACAUCAUUUUUCAGAAACUAUAAGGGCCAACACUGUAAAUGGAGAAAAGUAUAGGGACUUAGAAUAUUAUAAAAAAAUGCAGGGAUCUAUAACAAAACUCAAACAAAGAACGGGGAUCAAAAGUAGUGUUUUUCUUUUUUUAAAUCUAUGUACACUAAAUACAAACUUUAUAUAAAUAAGAAUUAAAAUAAUGUAAGUUGCUGUGAAGUCUAAAAAUAUCCUGAAUGUUAUAAAUUAUUGAAGUUAAACAACAAACAGCAUACAUCUUAGCUGCAUGUUUAUUAUUUGUUUACAAAGUUUCCUUUUAAUAACUAUCAAUUUAUGAUAGUGCACAUUGAUGUCUGAUUAUUAUCUGUUGUUGCUUUUGCUAUACAACCCUUGUACAUGAUUUACAUAAUUUGUUCUGUUUUUGUUCACGUUGGGAUGCCAUCUUCAUUGUUAUACUUGUAGAUGAAUGAUCACAAGUCAACAAUACAUGAUUAAUGAUUCCCAUAUUUAUUGGGUUUGAGUUCAUUUUUAAUUAGAACGAAUGAAACCACAACUACAUUAGAUUGAUGUACUGUGUGUAUAUAUAUUGGAAUAUUACCAACACUUUGCAUGAGACAAUCUCUAAACAAGUGCCUAGUAUCUUCCACUUCAUUGCAACCAAAUAGGCAAGGCUUCGCUAUCUCCAACCCUCUUCGUACUCAUAAAGCCAUUGUGUGGACGGUGUCAUGAGCAAUCUGCCACAUUAGAGUUUUGGUAUUCUCUGGCAUUUGCCAUCUUCCAGAUUCUCUGCCACAUAGGAUCUCGAUUGGCUUCCAUACCUGCAAGCAAAAGAGAAUACUCAGAUUUCAAGCUGAAGAAAGAUUGAAGCAGAAGCAAUCAGAUUAAUUUGAAACUUGAAAGUAAUAUAUAUCACGUGCCAUUGCGACUGAUAACUUUUCUGUCAGCAUAUAGAGGGAAGAAAAGAGGCCUUGGACUUGCCUACAAGGCUCAAGCAUUCUUGCAAAGAGACUGGAAUGUCAGAAUUCUAUUUAUUCCAAGAGACGGCAAUCUUGGUGGUGAUUGGCGUGCUAAGAUGGCAUUGAACUCUGCCCUUGGACUUCAUUUUCUCCAACCUGAGGAGAUUUUCAGUAACGUAUUCUUUGACCCUCCUUGAACCGUACCUAUUUUUUUUAGCUUUGUUUUGUUUUUCCUUGUUUAUCUCAAAAAAAAAAAAAAAUUAAUGCACUAAGGUAAAUCUUCAAGAAUGUAACAAGUUUCCAACUUUUGAAAGGUUGGUUCUCUACUCCAAGACUUGAUGGAAAUUGUUUUGUCCUCUUUUUCAUCCUUCUUUGCUAAUCUAUUUGGAAAAAUAAUAAUUAAGUCCCAAAGGACCAAUCUAAUAUCUUAUACAAAACCCGUCUUUUGAAGCUGUUCAAAUUCCAUUGGCUCCUCUCUCAUUCGCUCAUACUUUUUUUUUUUGAAUAUGAACAUGAUAUACUCAUUCAACAGAAUGUGAAAACAAUACAGGACCCAAAACAAACAAAAAAGAAAAACAAACCAACCAUCCUUAAUAAGCUAAAGGGUGGGAUAUCAAAAAUACUAAAGUUAUUGGGUGAUCUAUGGCCUAGCUUAGCAAGGUAAUCAGCCAUCCUAUUAUCAUCUCUAUAUAAAAAGUUAAAGUUCACAAGUUCCUACAAAGCAUCAAAUUUAUGGAAUUGAUAAUACUUUGAAAGGGGUGACCAGUGAUGGCUACGAUGAAUAGUGAUGGCUUAGCAUUUGGCCCUCUGACGAAGGUGUCCAUCAUUCGCUUAUACUGGAUGAAUAGGACCGGCUACGAUGAGUAGUGAUGGCUUGGCAUUUGGCUAACAAAACUUGGGCUCACAUCAUUUAAGUUUCCCUCCCAUCACUCAGACCCCUUCAUUCUCGCUUCUUCAGAUUCCUUUUGAGUUUUGAAUAUCUUUCAAUAAAUACCUACAGCACAUCAUUAAGUUGAGUUCCACUUUGGUUUUGCAUAAGCUUCAUUACUCACAAUCUAUAUGCUUAUUCCAUGGUUGAUCCAGCACGACCUUCUUUGGUAUCUCGUCGAAGGCGGUUGUCUUUCAUGAGGCAACGAUCCAGAUGAACUGACUCUUUGAUAUUCUGCCAUUGUUUAGUUACUUUGAGAUUUCUCUUUUACUUCUUAUUCACUAGGUAGUUCUUCACUCUGUAUACCUUCAUGUUCUAUCAUAUGUUGUCUUCUGCAGGCUGUUGGCUAUGGUUUUUUUUACUUGGCAUGAUGAACACCUUCGUCAGAGGGCCAAGGAUGUUAUAAACCAACUUAUGCAUUCAUUUUGGGCAUAGAAGGCAUAAUUUUAUUUUAUUUCAAUCUAACCAUAAUCAAUUGUAGUUAUACCGGCAACUUUAUUUUAGUAUUUAUUUUUUGUUCUAUGUGGUAGUAUUUUUAAUGGAGUGAAAUUGUUAGCUUAGCUUAUACAAGAAAUGAGUUAAAUAUUUGUGUCAGUUCAAUAUUUGUCUCAUGAUCAUGACAAUAAUAACGUGAAAUAUUUUAAAUAUUUGUGUCAUGUUAAAAGUGUUUCCUUUUUGUUGCGGAUAGGUAGAUUUAUAUUGAGUCUUCCAUCAUGAUUAGUCUCUGUCAUCACAUUACCCUUUUUUUUAUUAGAGUCAAGUCAUUGGGUCCUACAUAGAAGAGAAUUCAAUUGAAUUGGAAUGUAAUCUUCUAUCCGCAUGUAUUUUUUGUCUCGAUGCAAGUGAUGGCAUGAACAGCACGUUUGGAUUUCAUCAUUUCCUUUUUUAAUGGGCACCAGUAAUGUCAUGGAAGACUUUCAUUCUGAAGUCCAUGUGUGAGCUCCUUUUGGUUUUCUGCCAUCGUGUCUGUCUGUUGCAGCAUUUCUACUAUUCAUUUAUAAUUAAAGCCUGGCAUUUUAUUUAACUCUCAACCUUUCAUUUCAUGCUUCACUGACAUUUUCAUCCAUUGAAGCCAUAUCCUUUCAUUAAUGAAUAUUUUUUGUCAACUUUUUUGGUAAUUUCUGGAAUGUGGGUUAUUAAUGUAGUUACUCUGACUGCCUUCGACAACACAUAUAUCACCGCCCUUCAUCAUGUGCCAGAAAGGAUUUCAUAAAGGCAGAACAGCCUAAUCAUCUGUUCUGUGCAAAAUCAAUCAGUGAGAAAUAGAUUUCUCCAGUCAAUCUUGUGCAAAUGCCUUCAAUAUCAGAUCGUGUUACUCUUUUCACUGAGGCCUCCAUGGCAUCAGCUAGAUUCCUUUGUCUAAACGAACUCCAGCCUGGAGUUGAUGGUUGUCGGAUAUGUGUCCGGGUUGUUCGUGUCUUCCUCCACACUUACAACAUUUCUGGCCAUGCUUGGUAUGGUUCACUGCAGAAGAUUAGAUCUUUCGACUUUGUCACAGUCGACCAUCGAGGAGCAAGGAUGCGUGCAACUCUGACAACCGAACACCUUAUCGAUAGGUGGUCGUCUGUCAUUAAGGAAGGGCAUUGUUAUAUAAUGACAAAUGUUCAGGCCGUUCUUUAGGGCGACGAGUUCCAUGUAAAAUUGCAAGUCCGCUUUUCAUCCAAGACAGAAAUUGAAGAGUGCUAUCUGCCCCUUCCCAGGGUUUACUUUCAGUUCACGAACAUAGCUUCUUUGAAACUAAGCCUCGUGCUUGAAAGGCAAUGCUUUGAUGUGUACGGCAAGGUUGUAGAGAUAUCUGACUUGAGCAAUGUUUGGCUUGGUAGAGAUCUUACUAAUCAUUUGGCCAUUGUCAUUGAAAGCGCAAAGCUUGAGAAGAUAACAUGUCUUUUGUAUGGGAAAGCUGCAGUGUUGGGAGCAAGAGACUAUAUCAACUACAUUGGGGUUAUUGAUUUAGUUGUCAUUAUCUUAUAUGUUGUUGAGGAUCUUUAUGCAGGUUAUGUUACAUCAUGUCUAUAUAAUGUUAUAUAAGAUUUAAGUGUUGGGUUUUGUCUAGGUUUUCUUUUUCAUGUUAUGUUAUAGGUAUCCCCAUUGUCACAAAUUUCUCCACUGCCACAACAGUCAUUUUUGACCCCGACGUGUCUAAAUUUAGUCAAUUGAAGCGAAACCUCCUCUCCACCGCUUUGAGCACUACUAAUUGAGUUGACGCGUGUUAACGUAUUUGUUAUGGGCUAGACCCAAGUUUCUCAUCUCAUUUAGUUUGUUUGACUCUUUAAUCCGUAGUUUGAUCUGAUGUGUUUUAUUUUACAUGGGAUGGCUAAUGGCUUGUAACUUUGCACCCACACUUUAAUGCGGGCUUAUGGUGUAAUCUCCGUGUUAUUGGGAUGAUGCCUAAUUUUGAAGCUGUUCUCCUUUAAUGUCAGUCUAAUAUGACUUCAGUGUCAUAUCCUCUUUU